UUUAGACUUGGAUCGUUGAUAUUACAAAGGGUUACAAACUCAGCUGAAGUCAUUAGAGAGUUGAUUAACUAUUGCCUAGACUGUGUAAAAGAACUACAUGCUAAAAAUGAUCACCUGCAAAAAGAGAAUGAAAGGCUUCUGAGUGAUCUGGAUGACAUGCAAGACCAAUUACAAAAAUGUGUUGAAGCUAAAGAAGAACUGGAGGCUGACCUUUAUAAACGAUUUGUCUUGAUCCUCAAUGAAAAGAAAGCAAAGAUAAGAAGCUUACAGAAAUGUUUAAAAGAAGCUGAAGAAACAGUAUCGGAAACCGCACAAGCAGGGGACACAGCGAUUGCGUCAGAAAGUACGGUUGAAAAAGAAAAUUAUGAAGGAAGCACUGAUGAAGAAAGUGAAAAUUUGAUACAACUGACAACAUCAGAAACAAUCAAACCCAGAAACGAUUCAUUACUUGAUAGUCCAGAUAUUACUGAUACAAUUCCAAGCAGAAAGAGAAGACAACGGAACUCAAAAAUUGGAAAUAACAAACCGAAGGUGACAUUAGAAGAAGCCCAAAGUACUUCAAAAGAAAAAUUAAAUUCUGCUCCACCAAAAUUGUUGGAGAAGCAACUGACCUUGAAAAAGACAGAGGAUGAGAAAAGCACCAGUGACCCUGAAGACCUCUUUGAUGAUAUCUGACUUUUCUGGAAGAAGACUAUGACCUUACUACAAGCUGCUAAAAUGCAAUCAAUUAUCUGUUCCAAAUAAAAUAUUGUACAUGUGGCACUGGAGGGAGUUAUUUGUACUGUAAAAUAAUAUUCAAUAAUUGUUUUAUCUUUUGCUAAUAAAGGUUGUACCCAUGAAUCACUAACAGUCAACACUUUCCAUUCAAUACUUUACAGAUUUCAGGAAGCUGAUCUGCUUCCAGUUGAUGUGAAUGAGAAAAGUUGAUCUAUCCUCAGGAUUAGGAAGGACAAUUACUAAUCCAUCAAAGUGGCAACAAUAAAAACUGGGAAGAAAGAUGAAAGACUACAAUCCAUGGCUUCAGACAGAAAGGUGUCUUGAAGUCUCUAUAGUGGUUUUAUGAGUAACAAAAAAAUAUUUCCCAAAUUGAGAAUACAUACACAGUGUCCAUAUCACUCUAGACAUUCAUUAGAGAGAUAUCUUCUUUCUGCUUGAUCAUCACUUUUAAAUGUUCCGAAUUAUGUCUCUUGCUACACAGAAAGUUAUUUUCAGGCCUUUACUAUGUUUCCUUCUCUGUAAUGCUCCUAGCAAUCACUGUUUUGAGAACAAAAGCAGUGAACCAGAAGUACAACUUCUGCAAGCACUCUAGAAAUAUCAAAAGCAAGGGUUUCUUUUGACAUUUAGAGAUAUGGCAUUCCCAUCCAGGACUCAGUUUUGGAUGUAAGCAUCUGUUGUACAUUGCAUUUUGAGUCGGAGAAUUCUUAUAGAUUAAUAAUUGAAUGAUUCAGUAAUUACAUAUUGUCAGAUAUGCCAGUUUGUCCCCAGUCUGGUACCUGGGUAUAUUGAAGUAAAACUCCCAGAACUCUCAGUCAAUGGGAAAAUUCUGACAAUUGUAAAUCUAGGGCAUCCUGAGACCAUUAGGUUGGGGGAAGUCUGCACAAAACUUUGAAAAAAAACGUAUGAUAGUGGUGGAAUUGUUAAGAUGUUGAAUUAAGAUUGAAGAGACCCAUGUUCUGUCCUGAGCUAUCAAAGAUCACUGGAUGACUUUGGACCAGUCACUAUCUCUCACCCAACUAAUCUCAUAGGAUUGUUCAGGAUUUUAAAAAAAAUGGAUGAAAGACUGCUAUGUAUAUUUCCUUGACCUGGAGCAAAAGUGGGAUUAUAAACCAAUAAUGAAUAAGAAAAUGGGCACAUGUGUCUGCAGAGGGGACUCACGAGGGCACAUGACAACAUGUGUUUAAUGAUGCAAGUUUAUAAUGCAAGUUGUACAAUUGUACAAUUUACAUACAGUCCUCGGUUAAAGACCAUUUGUUCAACAACAGUUCAAAGUUACAACAGUGAAUAAGGAGACUUACAGCUGGUCUUUGAAGUUGAGGCCAUCACGGUCACAUGAUCGCAAUUCAGGCACUUAUCAACCAGCUCACAAUUGCGAUGGUCGUAGCAUCCCACUGUCAUAGGAUCGCCAAUUGCUACCUUCACUGCUGGCUUCCAACAAGCAAAGUCAAUGGGGAAGCCAGCAGGAGGUUGCACAUGGCAAUCAUGUGACAUCGUGCCAAAUGAUCAUGUAGGAUUUGCUAACAACUGCAACUGAAACUGCUGGAACUGCUGUCGUAAGUUGGUGCAGUCAUGCAAUAUCACGCUUUACGACUGCGUCACUUAGUGACAGAGUUCCCACUCUGUACUUGCCUCAGACCUUGUAGCCCAAGCAUGUAAUUGAAGCAUUUAUGUGAUGAUGUCAUCAUACACAUACCCUGUGAUGUCAACACAGUUUGUUACAGACAUCAUUGGAAACAGGCCAAAUUAGAAAUCAGAAGCAUGUGGGAAGCCAUUAGAAUCCAGCUUGCCAUUGAGUUGAAUCUAUCUAUCUUUUAUCUCAAUGAACCUAAAUUUACUUUGCUUUAGCAGUCUGAAAGUUAUUUAUCUGCUUAUUGUUUUUCCCAUUACUUUUGCAAACUACGUGACCUUUGAAAAAUUGCCUGACAGAUUUCAUAUAAACACAAUCACUGGGUGUUUUGUUAGUUCAAGUGUUCUACUAUGAGAAUUAUUUUAGUGUUAAGCAUUUAUGCCACAUACACCUAUAAGAAGCAAUGUUAGGUCAUUUUAACACUUACAUCGCUUAAUUUAACACUUAAUUACAGAGUAGCUGAGUGUGGUUCUGCAUAUCGUUCUGGUCAUGUCUACUAAGCAUGUAUCCUCUGUUAGAUAAAACUUUGUUGUUGUUGUUCUUUUUUUUGUCCUGUAAGCUUUGUAUCUCCAGUCUCCCCCUCCCCCCACUAAGCUUAUAUGGUC